AUGUCAUCAACCUUCCUUUGCUUCAAACCUACUGGCGUCAUCAAGGCUGUCAGCAUCACCAAGCCCCUCCACCAGCGUCACCAGGCCCACCCAACAGCGUCACCAGGCCUCCACCAGCGUCACCAGGCCCUCCACCAGCGCCACCAGGCCCUCCACCAGCGUCACCAGGACCCACCAAUAGCGUCACAAGGCCCACCAAUAGCGUCACCAGGCCUCCACCAGCGUCACCAAGCCCUCCACGAGCGUCACCAGGCCCUCCACCAGCGUCACCAAGCCUCCACCAGCGUCAACAGGCCCUCCACCAGCGUCACCAAGCCUCCACCAGCGUCACCAGGCUCCCACCAGCGUCACAGCGAGCAGAGGAUUGGUAUUUACGAACACAAGUUGGUCCUGAUGCACAAGGUUAAUCAGGGCGAAGAAUUCCUUAUUGAUCCAACUGAUUCCUUUUGA